AUGUAUCCCCCCAUCUCCACCACUACUGCCAUAUUUUUUUCCGCAAGCGACCUCGCAGCCUUUCCAUGGCCGCCGACAAGAAUCUCCACAUAGUGAUCUUCCCAUGGCUCGCCUUCGGCCACAUGAUUCCCUAUCUUGAGCUCUGCAAACUCAUAGCUCAAAAGGGUCACCGUGUCUCCUUCGUCUCCACUCCCAGAAACAUCGACCGUCUCCCGAAGCUCCCUCCCCAUUUGUCUCCUUUUCUCCGCUUCGUCGGAAUUCCUCUGCCUCAAGUCGAAAAUCUGCCGCCAAACGCGGAGGCCACCACCGAUGUCCCUUACGACGUCGUUCAGUAUCUUAAAAAGGCCUACGACGACCUGAAGCAACCCCUCGCUGACUUUCUUCGAACCACCGAUGCGGAUUGGGUCUUAUAUGACUUCGCUUCCUAUUGGUUGGGUCAAGAGAUCGGACCCAGCCUUGGGAUUAAGACUGCUUUCUUCAGUAUUUUCACUCCCGAAUGUCUGGGAUUUUUCGGACCCAUGUCCGGAGAUAAAAGGACUAAACCAGAGGACUUCACAGUUCCACCGGAAUGGGUUCCUUUUCCAACAACCGUGGCGUAUCGUUACUUCGAAAUCAAGAAGAUUUUUGACAGCGUUGCCGGUAACAUCACCGGCGUUUCUGAUCUAGAACGCUUAAAAAUGAGUGCUCACUACAGCGAUAUAGUGGCUGUGAGAGCUUGCCCUGAAUUUAAUCAGGAGUGGAUUGAAGUACUUGGAGAUAUAUGCAGUAAAACUGUUUUCCCAAUCGGUCAACUUCCGACGUCGGAGUAUGAUUCCGGGGACGAGAAUCCAGCGUGGCAGCCGAUUAAACAAUGGCUCGACCAACAACCCAAAGGGUUGGUGGUCUACGUGGCAUUCGGAAGCGAGGCCAAGCCGAAUCAACACGAACUUACCGAGAUCGCGUUAGGGUUGGAGAAAUCGGAGCUGCCGUUUUUCUGGGUAUUGAGGACCCGGCGAGGACCUAGCGAUCCGGACCCAAUCGAGUUACCUGAUGGGUUCGAGGAACGAACCAAAGGGCGGGGCGUGGUGUGCACCACGUGGGCGCCGCAGUUGAAGAUAUUGGGACAUGAGUCAGUGGGUGGGAUUUUGACGCACGCUGGGUGGAGCUCUGUUGUGGAAGCGGUUCAGAGUGAAAAGGGUCUGAUAUUACUGACAUUUUUGGCUGAUCAAGGAACCAAUGCAAGAGUAUUGGAAGAGAAGAAGAUGGGUUACUCUGUUCCGAGGAGCGAAGUGGAUGGAUCAUUUACGAGCGAUUCGGUGGCGGAAUCAUUGAAUUUGGUAGUGGUGAAGGAUGAAGGUAAGAUUUACAGAGACACAAUAAAAGAAAUGAAAGAUUUGUUCGUGAACAAAGAACGAAACGAUGGGUUAAUCGAUCAGUUUCUGGGCUAUCUGAAAAUGCAUAGAAACGAGAACAAGAAUUCACAGGAUAUUGAAGUUUGAGCAAUCAAAUAAAUAAUUAAUUGUGUCUCUUAAUUUCUUCAUGCUGUUCAAGAACAAUUUGUUCCUUGUACUGAUGAUCACAUAAAGAUUUCUGUAGCUUUAAAUAAAUUAAGGCUUCCAUCGAUAUUGGUCUGGAAGUUACUUACAGAUA